GGAAGUGAAGCUGGGCCCUACGGCUCGGCAAUCUCCUUCCCGCUCUUCUCUCCUCCAACGGCGUCCCAGCGCCCGCUGGGAGGUGCAGGUCCGAGGGCUACAAGGUAGCUCACGAGGCUUAAUUGAGACGGGAGGGUUCCGGAGCCCCACCCCCGGGGAGGGACCGCCCUGCAGGUUUCCCUAAUUCUCUGAGUCCCCAGUUCUAUGCCAGAGAUGCGAUUUAGCGACACAGCAUCAGUAGGCUGAGACUAAAGACAGGGCCCGCACCCCUGUCUCCAUGAACUUGUUAACCACUGGCGCCAUCCUCGCCCCUUGCCCAGCUGCCCCUUGGUCCCUCUGCCAGCAAGAUGCUGGGUGGAAGCGUGAAGUCCGAGGUCAGGGCCUCGGAACCUAGUCCCACCUGUCAGGACCCGGAGACCAAAGCCCCACACCAGGACCUGCCGAGGCCCAACCAGCCCGCUGCCUCUGGGAGCGUGCCCUCCCGGCCCCGCCGGCGGCCCCCUCCCCAGCGCCCGCACCGCUGCCCGGAUUGCCCCAAGGCCUUCUCGUACCCAUCCAAGCUGGCCACGCACCGGCUAGCGCACGGCGGCACCCGCCCGCACCCGUGCCCCGACUGUCCCAAGGCCUUCUCCUACCCGUCCAAGCUGGCUGCGCACCGCCUCACGCACAGCGGAGCUCGCCCGCACUCCUGCCCGCACUGCCCCAAGGCCUUCGGCCACCGUUCCAAACUGGCGGCGCAUCUCUGGACGCACGCACCCGCCCGUCCCUACCCGUGCCCCGAUUGCCCCAAGUCCUUCUGCUACCCGUCCAAGUUGGCGGCCCACCGCCACACGCACCACGCCACCGACGCCCGCCCCUACCCUUGCCCGCACUGCCCCAAAGCGUUCUCGUUUCCUUCCAAACUGGCGGCCCAUCGUCUGUGCCACGACCCCCCAACUGCGCCCAGCAGCCAGGCUACUGGCAGCCACCGAUGCUCCAGCUGCAAUCAGGCCUUUGGCCAGAGACGCCUCCUGCUGGUUCACCAACGCAGCCACCACCAGUCGGAGGGCCAGGGAGAGCGGGAGUGAACUCACCUGCCCACUCUGCCUCCAUCACCUGUCAAUAAAGACCUGGAAUUUCUAAGCCCUGCUGUAUGUGUGGACUUCCCUCUAACAGGGAGAAUGGCAGGGUCUUGAUACAGGUAGCCCAAGCUGGACUGGAACUUUUCUGGUAGCCUUCCAAAGCCUGGUGGUCUAGAUAUGUACCCAGGGUGGUUUGGGAUUAUUGGUUCUGCAGGAAUCUGAUUUAGAAGGUUGAGGGAUUCUAUCCCCAUGCACAGAGGCAGGUGUCAUCAGAUUGGUGCUGGGCUCAAACCUUGGGCGGGCCUGGAGUUGUGCGGGUUGUGGUGACACUGGCCCUGAACACUCAAGCCUGUGAUAAAGGCAUCAGGGAUGUUCACUGCGGUGUGGCCACACUGGGUACAGGCCAUCACAUGUCCACGGCCAGAGGCCAGUGAACAGAGGGGAAUGUGUGGCCUUAGGAAAGAGGCCAGCAUUGUGCGUACACGGAGCUGUGAGCACAGGAGGUGGCCACAGGAGGUGACAGAGGCAGAACCAAGGGCACAUCUACUGGAGAGCUCAAGGCUGCAGUGCCUCUGAAUCUCUUGGGGACCUGAGGCACACUGUCUGAAAGCACUUUGGGUUUGUGGGAUGUUUGUUUUGUGAUGAGGUCUCCCGUCUCCAGUCUACCCUGGGACUCUCAGGGUUCUGAGGUCUUUGUGACUGCUACACAAGCAUUACACAGGCAAGCACACACGCUUUUGGAUUUUUUUUCUUUCCUCCUUCUUCUAUUUAUGUGUACCUGAGUGUUUUCUCUGCAUUAUGUAUAUGCACAUUUGUGCCUGGUGCCUGUAGGUGUGAGGGGCUCAGAUCCCCUGGAAUAUUAGGAAUAGUUGUGAGCCUCUGUGUGGGUCCUAGGACAAGAACCCAGUCCCUCUGCUAAGCAACAAGUGCUCUUAAUCACAGAGCCAUCUGUUAAGUCCCAAUAAAUACACCUUUUCCCCCCUU